AUGGUCAAACAUGCCUCCAAAGCCACCAUUCAUCAGCUCGUCAAGGAGUACACCUCAAUCAUAAAAGGAAAAACUAUUCUCACGACAGGCGUCAGUCCUGGCGGUCUCGGCGCAUUAUUCGUCGAUGCUAUUGCAGUCGCUGAGCCUAAGCUGGCUAUCCUUGCUGGUCGUAACAUCAACAAACUCCAACAAACAGCAGAUGACUUGGCAUCAAAGCAUCCCAAUCUCAAGACAAAACUAGUGACUCUUGACCUCAGUUCUCUUUCCUCUGUCCGAUCUGCGGCAGAGAAAGUUAACAGAUGGUCUGAUGUCCCUAAGAUCGAUGUGUUGGUCAACAAUGCGGGCAUCAUGGCAACAGACUUUGGACUUACUGAGGAUGGAUUCGAAAGCCAGUUUGCUUCUAAUCACUUGGGUCAUUUUCUAUUUACAAAUCUCAUCAUUAACAAAAUCCUGGCUUCAGAAGCUCCUCGUAUUGUCAGUGUUUCUAGCAAUGGUCAUCGACUGGGCCCUAUCCGAUGGGGUGACUCAAACUUCAGUAAUGGGGAUUUGUACAAUAGAUGGAGUGCAUACGGACAGUCCAAGACUGCCAAUAUGUUAUUCGCCAUCUCUCUAGCUGAAAAGCUAGGUAGCCGUGGAUUGCAGGCAUAUAGCCUUCACCCGGGUGUUAUUCUGGAAACCUCCUUGGCAAAUCAUCUUGUGGAGGCUGAUCGUGCAAUGGGUGAUCCAUGGGGCUGGGUCGAUUGGUCAACUGUCCCUGUCACCCCUGAAGUUGGCGCCGCAACACAUGUCUUUGCUGCCUUUGAUCCUGAUCUGAAAGAUUACAAUGGUACUUAUCUGUUGGAUUGCCGUUUGGCGGACCCUUUUACAGACACUGUUAGGCCUUGGGCUACGAGUUCAACUGAGGCAGAGCUGCUGUGGAGAUGGAGUGAGAAGAUGGUUGAGCAGAAGUUUUCAUUCCAACCUCAAUGA